ACAGCUUCAUUGAAACCAAAAUCAAGAAAUUAACAAUAAUCCGUCUUUUCUUCCAAGAAUCAACUCAAUACAUAUACACAUGGCAAUGAAGAGUCUCACCUAUUUUGCAGUUCUAUAUCUCUUGGCCUUGACACUUCCAUUAGCCAUUGCUUCUGAUCCAAGCCCCCUUCAAGAUUUCUGCGUUGGUGUCAACACACCGGCAAAUGGCGUGUUUGUGAAUGGAAAGUUCUGCAAGGAUCCGAUGACAGUUUCCGCGGAUGAUUUCUAUUUCCCCGGACUCAACAUAGCUGGAAAUGUAAAUAACGCUGUAGGGUCCAAUGUGACAACCGUCAACGUUAACAACCUUGGUGGCUUAAACACCUUUGGAAUCUCAUUAGUUCGUAUAGACUAUGCACCCAAUGGUCAGAACCCACCUCACACCCACCCACGUGCCACAGAGAUCUUGGUUGUCCAACAGGGAACUUUGCUCGUAGGGUUUGUCUCAUCGAACCAAGACGGGAACCGCCUUUUUGCCAAAACGCUCAAAGUGGGUGAUGUGUUUGUGUUUCCAGAAGGGCUCAUCCAUUUCCAAUUCAACCUAGGACAUACUCCGGCGGUUGCAAUCGCUGCUUUGAGCAGCCAAAACGCAGGUGUUAUCACGAUUGCCAACACUGUAUUUGGGUCUAACCCACGGAUAGACCCAAAUGUUCUCGCAAGGGCAUUUCAGAUGGAUCCUAAUGUGGUCAGAGAUUUACAAAAUAGAUUUUAA